GAGGAAAGUCGAUAGUAGCGCUCAGCAUUGGCUGGUGGUGGAUUCACAAAAAAGUUUACGCACUUUUAUCGACGUAGUUGAAAUGUAAAGCCGAGGACGUUACUCCGCAAAUCACACUUGGGGCCCAAUGGAGUCGGUACAGUCAGCUGGGUAUCACGUCUUGUGAUAAACAAGUAAUGAACGGAAGAAAUACUCUAUUAAACAAUGGAAGGAAUGCUGUACAAGUGGACCAAUUACAUAAGUGGUUGGCAGCCUCGCUGGUUUGUGCUUGAUGGAGGAACUUUGUCCUACUAUGACUCACAAGAAGAUGCCUGGAAAGGUUGCAAGGGCAGCAUUAAAAUUUCCGUUUGUGAAAUCCAAGUUCAUUCCUCAGACUCUACCCGAGUUGAUCUAACCAUACCAGGAGAGCAAUACUUUUACCUCAGAGCCAUCAAUGCAGCGGAGAGGCAGAAAUGGCUGGUGGCGCUGGGAACGGCCAAAGCUUGCCUUACAGAUAACCGAACCAAGAGAGAAAAGGAGCUUCAGGAGAACACAGAGGCGCUGAAAACAAAGAUGUCAGAACUCAGAUUGUACUGUGACCUUCUUCUCCAGCAAGUAAACAAGAUCAAGGAGAAUGAUGAGCUCGGAGAAACGGCAGAGCUAGGUCUAGACACUGGAAAUAUGGUGAAGUCCACAUGCACGACUUUCCUUAAGACUCUAGAGGAAUGCAUGCAGAUAGCAAAUCGUACUUUCAGUACAGAUAUGGCAACACAGAGUCCACCAGGAACUCCUCCAGUAGCACCCAUCAAACCACAGAAGAUUAAACACAGCCAUCAUUUAAAUCAGAACCUUGGAGAAAGGUGGAAAGAUUUGUCCGAAACCUCAGGUGAAACAAUUGCACAUGACAGCCAGACCCUGGACUCUGGAGCAGAGGGACCAGAUCACCCUGACAGACCAGAUCACCAUUCUUCUCCAUCAGACAUUGAAACAGCCAGCAGCUCAGAAAUCCACAAGGAUCAAGGUAAUCCUACCUUACCCACGACCCAGAAUAUCCCUGAGAUUGAACACUAUGACCAGCCAGCAGAGGGGGAUGAUGAGAGUGAAGCUGAUGAACAAAAGCAGACAAAACAAGAGCCGAAGGACGAAGUGGACCAAAGUCAAGAGCGUGACAACAGCAAUGGGGAUGUGAAUGAGUUCCAGCUCCAGCACCAAGAAGAAGGCGAGAUUCCCAGAGAUCCCGCAGUGUCAGAAGACACAGAACAGGUGGAAACAUUCUUCAGCACAAUGAGUCACAGAUUUAGUGAUAUAAGACUGGAUGACGACAAUGGUAUCCCUACACAAGAGUUUUUGGACUCAUGCUAUGCAAUAGUGCCUGUAUUAGACAAACUGGGAUCCACAGUGUUUGCACCAGUUAAAAUGGAUUUUGUUGGAAACAUAAAGAAAAUUCACCAGAAGCUGAGGUCAGACCCUGAGAGCUUUCCCACACUACAGUCCAUUGUACUGCAUGAAGUAGAGAAAGAUGUUACCCAGGUGCGCAACUCUGCAACCGAGGCUCUGCUGUGGCUCCGACGAGGGCUGAAGUUCCUCAAGGAGUUCUUGUCAGAAGUCAAUGCUGGAGAGCAAGACAUCCAAGGAGCGCUAAACAAUGCUUAUGGAAAGACUCUUCGGCAGUACCACGGAUGGGUUGUGCGUGGUGUAUUUGCUUUGGCGCUCAGAGCUGCCCCGUCUUAUCAAAGUUUCACAGCCGCUUUAGUGUCAAGAGACGGCGACGAGCUGAAGAGCGACUUUAUCAAUGGCAUGCACAGGGAUCUGGAAGUGUAUCUGCCUGCCAUGCAGAAGCAGCUGGCCAUUCUCGAUGCAUUAUAUGAAGAAUACAACCUGGAGUCUGAUGAGGUGGUGUGAAACCUGAACGAGAGAUGAUUGCCGUUCAGAGAAGAACAGAGCCCGUCUCAAGGAGCACAGUAGUGGCUAACUGCUGGAAGAAAGGUGCCAGAUGCAUUCAGUGCAUCAUGUGUACAAAGUAGUGUGAGCCUGUCUCAUAUCAGUGUGAGGUGUUUUCAGUAGUUUUUAUCAAACUCUUAAGACAGCAGAGGUUUUGGUACAAAGAGGGUGUUAAUGUCUGUACUUAGGACCCCACGAGGGUCAAAGCGAGCGGUAACAGGUUGGUUUGAAAAAAUGUAGAUUCCAGGUCUUGUUCCAGAGACUGCUGACAGUGAAGGAAUUUCAGAUCCUAUUAUGCAGACUUCAACCAUAAUUAUUCAUGGUGACGUUUGUUUCUGGUUGUUGUCGUAUUGUGGCUUAUGGCGUAUUCUAUAUGCUUUAAGGUAUAUAAGCACAGGGUAUUUGGUUCUGGUGAAUUCCUUGUAAGACUGUUUCUGAUUCCCUUUGAAUUGAUCAGUAUGCAUUAUUGUCAGUUAUCAAUAUUGUCCUGUUUCCUUGGCUUCAGUGAAAUACGGUGGUGCUUCCAACUAGCACACAGUACUAUUUUAACAAAAACAAUGCCCAAAAUGUGUCUUAAGUAUGUGAUUGAUUGACAUACUAAGCUAACUUUUACUCGUUUAUGUAAAUAUUUUCCUGCACUUAGUAUCAAAGCUUAGUAGAUAUUAUCAGUAUUAACUUAAAAUUUUCCCUGAAAAUUAAUUCAGAUCCUGCAGUUUGACAAUGGAUUGUUGUGUUUUACGUAAUGUCAUCAAGAGCUGUUGCUCAAAAUUUCCAGCGGACCAAAAAGGAACUGUCGUGUGAAUGGCUUUAGCCUCUGCUGCCUACAGUAACCGAAAACAAGGAGGAAAACCGCAUAGCUGUUAAAGUACUGACAACUGUUGUUCACAUGGACAUCUGCACAAACCUAUGCAUUUUUACAAUUUCUAUUUAUUAUAUCUUAAGUUAUAAAAUUCACAUUACUGACAUGGAUCAUUUCUGUCCGACUUUUGUGUGAAUGUAUGGACAUUUGUAUUUAUAAGGCAUGCUUUCUACUGCAUGUUUUAUGUAUUUCGUAACAUAGGUGCCAGGCCAAGGGCUUGAACUGAGUAAGUAAAUAAUCCUAAAGGUGGUGGUUACAGUUAGGAGAACGGAACAGUAAACCUUUUUCAGCAUCUCAUUCAAGCUGUUGUACAUACCACCAGAUGUACUUAAUAUUUUAUUGAUGUCGAUCUAACAGUGGAAAUAAUUGAAAUAAGACUGCACUUCCAGGCUGGGUUAAUAUUUAACUGCAAAUUCACUGAGCCAUUUGGAGGAGAAAUCAAAACACAGGAACGUUGUCUUAGGGCUUUGAGAAAAAAGAACAAAAAUACUUACCACAUAGGAUUUUCAAUGUUAAUAUUGUUAUUUUUAUUCCAAGAAUGCAUACACUAAAAACUCCUGUACAGUAAAUAAGUCACUUGCAGCAGGUUUAUUACAAAUGUGCAAUAGGCUGAUUUCUGAUGAUGAGUUUUAAUGUUAAUCCUUAAGAUAUGCUGUUGCAAAAUUACAACAAAUAAUUGUUUUGUUUUGUUUUUCUAUGGAUGUAAAUAAGAUGCUAUUUGAUUUUUGCAAAAUAAAUGAAAUUGUAAUUUG